AUGGCCGCUAUGACCCUCCAGGAGAGGCCGGAUACGUUGAAUGUAAAGGCUGCAACGAAAUCGGUGGCACAGUUGGGCCGACAACGGCAGUGGAAAGAAGCACUCCACACUCUUCGAAGACUGUCGUGGGCUCGUGUGCCGUUUGAUCAGAUCCUCCUUGGGGCUGCCGUUGGUGCCUGUGGAGUGCCGUCUGCCUGGGAGUCUGUUCUCGCCUUGUUGUGUGCAGCGGAGGCUGACAACUCUGGCAAGUCUGGCAAUACUGGCAUGCUUUCGACUGCGCUUUUGAAUUCGGGCAUGGACAGCCUGGUGAAGGCUGGCCAGUGGCAGUGGGCGCUGCACCUGUUGCAUGAGAUGUCAGCCGAGAAGUCGGUGGUCAGCUACAGUUCGGGCAUCCGGGCGGCUGCACUCGGGCGGCAGUGGCCGACGGCCCUGCGCCUCCUCCAGGAUCUCCGGGAGAGCGGCCUCAGAUGUGAUACAAUCCUGUGUGGCUCCGUGAUGACGGCCUGUGCACGUGCCGGCCAGUGGGAGACGGCGCUCGUGCUGCACGAGGACAUGUCUUCCCAGCUGGUUCCAACAGACGCCUUGGUCUUCGAUGCCCUGAUUCGUUCCUGCGAACCAGGUGGGAGGUGGACGGUGGCCAUGAGCUUGCUCGGGGCGCUUCCGGACUUUGCGAUUGUUCCAGAUGUUCGGCUCUUCAACACGGUGCUGGGCGUGUGCUCUGCCGCAGGUCAGUGGGAGAAAGGCGCCGCCCUGCUCGCGCACAUGCGCGGGGAGGCCCUUCAGCCGGAUACCUUCAGCUUCAGCGUGUGCGUCACCGCGUGCGAGCGGGCCUCUCGCUGGGAAGGAGCCCUUGCGAAUCUACAGGAGAUGGCCACACGGAGUGUGAAGCCCAACGAGGUCACCUUCAACGCAGCGAUCCGGGCCUGCGAGGGUUUGGAUGCGGUGUUCGGGAUCCUGGCGGACAUGGAAUCUGCCAGUGUGCCGAAAUCCAUCAUCACCAUCAACGCCGCCAUCCAUGCCUACGGUGCAGCAAGAUGGAGGGAGGCCCUGUCCUUACUUGAAGAGGCCGAGAAGACUGGCCUGGAGAUGGAUUUCAUCACUCUGGCCGGGGCCCUCGCUGCUUGUGAAUGUGGUCACUGGGAGUCGGCCCUCUGUUUGCUGGCCCGCUGCUUGGAGCAGAGCUGGACACCUCACGGCCUGCACGUGGGGUCUGUGCUCAAAGCCAUGUCCGAGGAGAGCUGUUGGGAGCGUUCCCUCGGCCUCCUACGGGACUUCUACCGCGUCUGGGACGGUCAGGACACACCAAGCACAAAGAACCUGCCGGACCCGGACUUCAAAGCCAGGCACGAGUUCGCGGGAGGCGGCGACAGCGGAGGAGGCGGCGGAGGCGGAGGUGAGCUUCCACCGCUCCCCGUGCUCUUCCGCGGAGAGGGGCUCGUGGCCUUCGCGAAGCCGGCGGGCCUCGCCUCGGAGCAGGCGCUGUCGAUGAUGGCCGUCUCGUGCUCCACGCCGCUCUUUGCCGUGUCGCGGCUGGACCUGCCCACCUCGGGCGUGCUGCCCGCUGCAUUGGGCACCGAAGCUAGCCCCGAAGCGCGCUGGUACCUGGCCCAGUUCGCCUCUGGUUCCCUCGUACGAAAGGAAUACCUCUGCCUCUGCCAGGGCCGACUGGGUGCACCUGGCACAGUCGCUACUGUGGCAAUCCCAUUGCAAGUGGUGGCCACAAGCCCCACCACCAGCCGCGCUGUUCCUUCCAACCAGGGCAAGAGCGCACGCACCGACUUCACGGUCCUCUCAGUCUUGGCUGAUGAGGCCUCCUCCCAGCUGUCAUUGCUCGAGGUGCGACCGCGCACAGGUCGUCUCCAUCAGAUUCGCGCCCAUCUUUGUGCUGAGGGUGCUCCGCUGGUCGGGGACCACCUCUACGGGGCCACGAGGGUUCCCUGGUGCCGCCGGCUUUUCCUGCACUGCCGCCGCAUCCGGCUCUUCGGUCUCUCCCGCAAGGUCCUCCUCGAGGCCCCGCUGCCCCCGGAGCUGAUUGAGGCGCUCCAAAGCCUGCACUUUGUGGAGGGCCGCCUCCCCGACUGA